GCAGCAGGCAUGGGGCAGGCUGGAUGCCAGUUCCAAACCCUGCUCUGGAAGAACUGGCUGUGCAGGCUGCGCCACCCGGUCCUGUCCCUUGCUGAGUUCUUCUGGCCAUGCAUUCUGUUCAUGAUUCUGGUGGUACUUCGGUUUCAAGAACCUCCCAGGCACAGAGACACUUGUUACCUGCAGCCACGGGACUUGCCCAACCAGGGUGUUCUGCCCUUUGUCCAAGGACUCCUUUGUAACACGGGGUCAAGCUGCAGGAACUUCAGCUUUGAAGAUUCCAUGGCUCACCACUUUCGUCUGUCUAGGUUCCAAACUACAGCUUAUGACACAAAGAUCAACAGCCUGGUUUUUUUAAAAGAGAUACAGGAUCUGGCAGAGGACAUUUAUGAAACCAUGGACAAGGCAAAAACCUUACAGAAGCUUUGGGUUCAAAGAUCAGAGACACUAGAUUCUUCUCAUGGUACCAGUUUUUUAACAAUGGAUCUCAAUAAAACUGAGGAAGUGAUAUCAAAACUGGAAAUCCUCCACCAGCAACCUCAUAUCUGGAAUUUUCUACUAUCUCUGCCCAAAUUCCAUGUGACCAAUAUGCACAUGGAAGAUGGUAUCCAAGCGGUGGUACACUUUCUCCAGGCAGUUUCCAAUUCCUUAACAUCUCUGGGAGAUUUAGAUUGGCUACAAUACCACCAGACUUUCUCCCAGGUUUCCAAGAUUGUGCUCAACGUGACCAUCUCGACGCUGACAUUUCUGCAGCAAAAUGGAGCGGUAGUGAAUGAGUCAGCUUACCACCUCUCCCUGCAGAAUAUCGUCUGGGAUCCAGAGAAAGUCCAAUCUGAUCUCAAAUCCCGAUUUGGUUUUGAUGAUUUUCAAAUGGAACACAUCCUGAAUUAUUCAUCUGAGCUAAAGGAGAUUCCAACCGAUGGUUUCUUAGAGAGAAUGGUGUGCUCAGCCUUGUCCAGCACUUCUGAGGAUGAAGCUGAGACCAAGGGUCAUGGUGGAGAUUGUCAGCCUGAGUGGUCAGAAGCUAAAAACUAUCUCAUCCAUGCAAUCAGCUGGUUGCAACUCUACAAAGAGGUGUUUGACCAGUGGCUGCAGGGUGACCUGCUUCAGAAGAUGCUCACAGGCAUCAGACACAGUCUGGAGGACCUCCUGGACCAGUUUGAAGAAGAGAGUGAGCCAGAGAAGGUGGUCAGAGCCUUGCACACGGCACUGCUUCUCCUGAGUGACAGCUUGGCAGCUAACGACCCCGAAGACAGCCAUCUGUCUCCACACCUAUUUCACCAUCUACAGAUAUUUCAGAUUGUACUGCACAACCUGCCCCCGUGGCCACGUGUACAGAGACUUCAGCAGCUGGAUGAUGCUGUCAGAAAUGCCAUGGCCCAGGAUUUCCAUUUUGUCAAAGAAAUCCUUACUUCCCUGGAGACUUCAGCAAACGAUUCUGUACAGAGUGGACCAGACAGAUGGAAACUUAAAAAAGAUGAGUUCUUUGGCGAGUUAAAGCAGCUGCUGACAAAGAAUGCUACUGUUACCUGCCUCAAUGUGCACUCCUCCUCCGAAGCUCUCCUCACUUCUGGGAACUUUAGCAUCUUGGGAGACCUCUGGAGAUUGUUUUGUCACCAUUCUGUCAAUGAGACCAGUGUUUUAAACAAGUUGCUUGCUGCAGUAGAAGAUGCUGAUCAUAUUCUGCAAGAAGUCAUUACUGGGCACACAAAUACUUCAGCCACAGUAUCUGAAGGGAGGUUGGGCUGGAAGGAACUUGAGAUGCAGCUGUCAGAAGUGAGCCUUUCCUGUUCUCGGCUCUUCCAACCACCACGUGCUGAUGCCUCAAGUGUGGACGGUAUUUCUUGGGGUAGCUGUGAGCAUCAACUUGUCUCCACAGUAGUAUUUCACAUACUUGAAAAAGCCCAAAUAUACCUGGAACAAAUACCCUACUGGCAAACAUUCCUACGUUUCCUCAGGAUUACUUGUGAAGCAGUCCGAUAUGUGAAUAUGCAAGGAAGUUUCCAGAACAAUACAACUGUGUUCUCUGAGGACUCUCCUUGUUAUAAAGAAAACAUAGAUUGGAAACUCAUCAGCAAUAAUUAUUUUAUACUUUUAAAUAAUUUAAUGAAGUCUCCAAUAACUUCCAUUUCCAGGGCCUUAAAUUUCACAAAGCACCUUCUGGUAGUGGAAGAGACAUUGCUUGCCCAGGAAAAUGAACAGAAGAAAAUUUUUUCAUUACUUGUGGAAUUUUUGGAAGAAUUAUUGUUGCCUGUUCCUUCCAAUUCAUCUAUUGUUCCUGAAUUCUUGUCUAUCACUGAGAAUGUUCACAAUGGAAGCGUGCCAUGGAUAAAUCACAUGAAAAAUUUAGACAGAAACCCAUAUUCUAUUGAUACUCAGAAACUUCUGGAAUUUGGCAAACAGGUGACCAACAAAAUGCAAACUCUUGAAAGCCACUGGAUGAGGACAGAAUCCAAAAAUAUUUUGAGAUUCAUUGAAUUAAUGCUUCUUGAAAUUAACCCCAAACUGGUAGAAUUAUGGCUCUAUGGCAUUCCCGAAGGUGAAAGAGUUAAAUUAGAAGCACUCUCUACUCUCUUAAAAUUUUCAGUUCCAGAAAAUGAAAGGAUUCUUAAUACAAGUUUUAACUUGUCCAGGUUGAUCCAUUCAGAUUUGCCCAGCCCACCAACUGUGAACAUGGAGUUUGUAUAUUUAAGUGAAACUAUAAUAAAUGGUCUCUAUGAAUUCGGAUUCCUGAGCCAGGAAGAAGUUUCUAAAGCUCUAGACACAGUCUACGUGAUUAAAAAUAUGUCUCGUCUUUUCUUAGCCCUUUCUGAACCCCCAAAGCAGGAAGUUGAAAAAAUUUUGACUCAUCUCUACCUGAAUGUCUUUAACAACAAAGAUUCAAGUUUACUUCUGCAGAUUUAUUCUUCAUUUUACCAACUUAUUUAUCAAUUCUUGAGCAUUCAGAGUAGAGAGUCUUUGAUAACUUAUCUGACCCAAAUCUCCAGAAAUAUUUUGGACAUCGUUAAGCAAUUUAAUUUCCAAAACAUCAGCAAUGCAUUUGCAUUUUUAUCAGAGACAGCAGAAUUUCUUGGGAGGAUUUCUGAAGUUUCUUACUGUCAACAGUUGCUUUCAAUUUUUAAUUUUUUAGAGCUUAAAACCCAAUCUCUGAAGUCUAGCAAAGACAGAGAGUUGGAAGUGAUCCAUAGUACUUUGAUAGGCCUCAAACAGUUGCUAGUAGUAGAUGAAGAUUUUCGUGUUUCUUUGUUCCAAUAUAUGAGCCAACUCUUCAAUGGCUCAGAACAAGCCUUGCUGAAUAAUGAAUGCUUUAUUAUUUUGGAUAACUUUUCUUCUAUGAAUUAUUCAACAAAUGAGGGGACUUCCUUCACUCUUCCAUGGGAGAGAAAAUUUUCUAAUUUUUCAGGAAAUAUCAGUGUGUUCAACGAGUUCAUGGCUGUUCACUGUACUCUAUCAUGGCUUCAAAUGUGGACAGAGAUCUGGGCAAGCAUUUCUCACAUAUUUAAAUUUGAACUGCAUAUUUUCCCUCCUCUUCAUGUUGGUCUCACUCAGCUUUUGGAUGAAUUAGAAAAUGACGUGAACAUUUCUAAAAGCUGCCAGGGAGUGUUUCUGACCCAUCAUACUGCUAGACUCAUCUUAAAUUUGUUAAAAAACUUAACACAAGCCAAUGACUUCCAUGAUUGGAAUUCUCUCCUGUACCUCAGGAAUCUGUGGGUAGCAGUAGAUGAUAAGUUAGUUACAGUAAAAUCACUUAACUUGGAUGAAGUAGAGAAAUCAUUCUUUGCCAUGAAAACUGCCCUACACCAGCUAAUGUCAGCCCCAUUGAAAACAAGUGCAAGCAGGGAGUUUAUAUAUUCUCUGCUGGAAGUUUUCACCAGGUUAAGCAAUCCCACAAAGUAUAUGGGCAGAAAUGUAGAUUUGAUAAAUGACGAUCUUUUAAAAAAUCUCACAGAUUGUGGAGCCAAAUUUGAAAGUGUUAUUAAUGAACUAAGAAAAACAAUAACAUUUUUUAGAAAUGUAUCAUAUGAUCAAGAUUUAUUGUCCUGUGCUGAUGUUUUCCAAAAAGUUAUUUCAUUGAUUUUGGAAGAUGGCUUAUUGGAUGUAAAUACUUCCCAGAGGGCUGUACAGAUUCUGGCUAUAUUAAAUUCCACAUUUUCUUCUGAAAACACAGUUAGUAUACUAAAAGGGUGCAUUACAUGGAUAGAUGUCAUAAACCAUAUAUAUGCCAUGUCUAACUCAAGUUUCUUUCUGGGGUCUUUUCAUAGUACUUUGAGUAAUUUAAGGGAUAUUGAAAACACAAUGAACUCUACAUUUAAAAUUCUAACUUGGUUAUUCAAUACAAAGGAAAGGCUUUGUUCUUUAAAUGAGUCUACUAUAAAUUGUAUAAAUAUUUACUUGAAAGACCUGGCUGACUUUCUAAAUAUUAUACUUAAUCCAGUCUUGGAAAAAGAGAGGGUACCAGAAUUUGAGAUUUUAUUAGCUCUUUUAAAUGAUUCUACAAACCAAGUAAAGAUGAUUAUCCAUAACUUAACAAGGGACUUUGAUUUCCUCUCCCAAUCCAAUUGGAAACAUUUUAAUGAAUUACUUCUAACACCUGUAGAUACAUUAGAUGGAAUUCCCAAUCAGUUUCAAAACAUAUGGCUGCAUAUAACAACACUGGGGAAGGAAAUACAGAAACGCUUACAAGAUUUUUCUCCUGCUAUCCUGGAAAGAAAUUCCUUUCCUAGUAUGAAAAAACUUUUUGGAAUAUUUUCCACCAGUCCAAAGGAAAAGGAUAUAAACAAUUUGCGCAACUCCAUUUAUCAUUUAGCUAAUUAUUUUGCCUUCAGCCUAACUCAUGAUCUCCAAAAUUCAUCAGAAAGUACUCCACAUGAAUUAGUGAAAGCUUCGGGUCUUGUUAUUCAGUUGAUUAGGGAUGUGUUCAACUCCUUGAUGCCUGUGGUCCACUCCAAUACUCCACAAAAUAUGAGUCAUGUUCGAGUUUUAAAUAAAGUGACUUCCCUCAUGCAUGCUCUCAAGAAGGCCGACAUAGACUUAUUAGUUGACCAACUUGAGCAAAUCAGUGAAGGCCUAAUAGAUUUCUUUAAGAAUCUUAGUAGAUUAGGUCCUGACAAUUCAGGGGUCAACUUACUCAUUGGCUUGGUGGAAAAAUUUAUGGCUGGUUCACACUCAUGGAAUGUUAAUCAUCUGCUGCAACUCUCUCGGCUAUUUCCUAAAGAUGACAUGAAUGCUGUGGUGGAUUUAUAUUAUGCUCUUCCUCAUAUUACGGGGCUCCUCCAGGGAAUUGCUGAUAAAAAUAUCACAGAGAGCCUCAAGGAUAUCUAUAACUUCACACUCCUUCAUGGUAUAAGCACUGCCAACAUCACCAAGGAAGACUUUGCCACUGUGAUCAAAACUCUUCUAGAUGUCAUUGAGUUAAUAUCAGACCAACCAGCCCUUGUGUCCGAAGCUCUAACUUGCUUUCCUGUGGUUUGGUGCUGGAAUGGUACAGCAGGGUUUCAGCAGAAGUCAAAGUUAGAAACUUGUAAUAUCCAUGGCUUUAUGUCUUCUUCUUUUUAUGAAAAAGUGACCAACAUCCUUGACCAUCUCCACCUGUCUCCUCUUGGUGAAGAGUCACAGUGUUCAAACGAAAGCUCUAGAAUUGAAAUGACUAGGAAAGUGGUCUGUGUAAUACAUGAAUUAGUGGACUGGAAUUCUAUUCUUAUAAAUCUGUCUGAAGUCUUCCAUAUUCAAACUCCACUUGUGAAAACAGUACAAGGAUUUUGGCACAGGAUCUUACCAUUUGUUUCACCUUUUGGAAAUCAAAGUAAUGACAGCAUCCACGAAGCUUGUCCUGGUGGUCCCAUGAAACAGGUUGCUUUGAAAAUAAUAGAAAAACUAAAGCAUCUGAGCUUUACAAAAGGUACAUCAAGUGAAAAUAUUCUUACUAAAUUAGCUGAUUUAAACAAGAUUAUUAACAUUACCAACGGUGCAGAGAUAGCUGCCCAUGAUAAUAUUCUUUUAAACUUGGAAAGGAUAGUCAAAUUGAUUUCUAGAGAUAGGUAUCUAGAAAAUAGUACUCAUUAUUUACUGUCUCCAUUUUUAUUUCUUCUGAAUGCAAAUCUUACAUACAAUAGUUUAGAAACUGUAUCAGAUUUUAUUAAGAAAAGAAAAUCAACUAACAACUUUGAAGAACUGUGGGUUUACUUCAAACAAAUCAUGAAAGACUUAACCCACAACUUUAGUGUCAAGCACCUGUUCUCUGAACUUAACAAAGAAAUCCAAGACAUAAAUUCUGUGGACCCUCCAAAUAUAACUCUGAAACUUACCCAGUUUUUGGAAAUCCUAAAUUUAUCAACAUCAAAGGCAUUAGGAAUUAUUGAAGAUUUCCUAUUGGUGACAAAAAACUGGCUUUCUGUGUAUGCGAAUGAAGAUUAUUCCCCACUGAUGCAAACAUUACUAGCUACUAUGGACAAUGAAAAUUCAACUGAUGUUAUAACUAUGCUGACUAAAGAUAUCACUAGCAACCUGGGGUAUCUAAAAGACAUUUCUAGGGAAAACAAUUCUGACAUUGCCACUCUCACACAGCUGCUUAACGAAGAGCAACUAAGUAAUUUCUCUGUUGUACAGCUACUUCUUGUCAACAUUCUAAUUAAUUCUUUCAAUAACUUAGCAUCAGGUUCUCAAGUAACAGCUCCAAAUUUAGGUGAUAGUGAUCUCCAAAUGAUGAAUUUCAUUAACCUCACCCUGGAUCAUUUACAGUCAGAAAAAGGUGGGGAGAUAGUUCUCCCUCUGCGAAGUAUAAUGGAUUUCAUGGAAGAGCUUUUGAGAACAUUCUCCCUAAAAGAAAAAUCUGGGAACAAAAUUUCUUUCCUGCUGAAAGGCUUCCACAAAGAUGUUAUUGCAGAAAUGAGCUUUAUCUCAAAAGAUAAAAUUCGAGAGGUACUGAAAUUGGAUCAAUUUCUUACACUGAUGAAUGAAUACAGAUUGAUGAGCUUUUUCUCAUGGUUAAAGGGAACUAUAUUUCAUCUAAUCAGAAGCUCAUUUAUGUUAAACAGUGGAGAAUUUUCUUUUGAUAGCCAACGAGGACUGACAUUUGUACGAGAUUUAUUUCAUGCCCUUCUAAGGGAAACUUCACUGCAAAAUGAGACUGAAGAUAAUCCAGACUUCCUUAUGGUGGUGAGUGAACUGCUUUUCCAUAUGAAUAACUCUGAGAAACUCAUCAACCUCAACCAAAAUCUUACUUCCAUCCUUCACCUUGUGAGAGAAAUUUCCACAGAGAUGUCAAAUCUUAUGGACAUUCUUUCAAAGUCUCAUAAUCAAGACUUCCAGACCUCUUUUCUUGCACUCCAAAAACUUGUACUUGCUGACCUAACCAACUUGCUUUCCUUUAUAAAGGACUCAUUUCCUCUAAGAAAUAGAGAAACAUUAGAACUCACUAAGAGGUUACUCGAUGUUAUCUCUAGAGUUGAUAAAGAAAGUCAUGACCUGGAGCCCCUCUUAGAAAUGUCUAGAAUCCUCACCAUGCUGCUGAAUGGCAGUGCUGAGCUGAGAGAUAUUGCCACAGAUAUGGACUUUGCUGUGAAACUUCUUAAGCUAGCAAAGAAAGUUUCAGGGAAGAUGGCCACCAUCUUUGAAACUCAUUUUGUCCCCAACACUCAGGAUACCGUGGACUUCUUUAAUAUUUUCUAUUCUGUCAUGCAGCAAAGUGUCCACCAUCUUGUGAAGGAAAGAAUUCCUUUGAGAAAAGUAGAUUAUGUGACAUUUGAACAGAUGAAUGAUUUGCUGAUGCCAUUUCUUGACUUGACCUUUGGGAUGUUGGGGGUGAAGCCCAAUAUUUCACAGGACUCUGACGUUUUCAAUAUGUCAUCUAGUGUAGUCUCAAUUGUGAGCCAAUCCAAUGACUUUUCUAAUAUUUUGGAAGAAAUAUCUGAGUUUUUAACUUCAAUGGAAAUCAAUUUGGGAGAUUUGGAGCAUCUUGUGGUGGCAUUUAAUAAUGGGACUCAAAUAUUUUCUAUGGAUUCUGUCAACUUGGGGGAAGAAAUUUUGAAUUGCUUAGUUCCUAUCAAUAACAUCACCCACAAAAUGAACUUUUUAAAGCUUAAUCCAAUUUCCUCUCAUCGUAGUCCUCAAGAUACAAUAUGGGAAAAAAUCUAUGAACCGUUUCAUUUGGGGGAUGGAAUGUUAACAGAAAAUAGCACAAAAAUAGGGAAAUCUUUUAAAAUGAUACUUGAUCUCACAUUAGAAGCCCUUUGGAAUAGCUUAAAAAAGGACAAUUGGGAAGCUUUUAAUCUGCUGCAGGCAUUGGUUGAUCGUUCAGAUAACCUGUUCAGAAUGAUAGAAACAGUUGUAGAGACCUCCGGUGGAAUUACAAGUGAAGAUGGAGAUGAUUUAAGCAAAGAUUUACUUUUCAACAUGUCUUUGACUCAGGAUAUCACUCAUCAUCAACUUGAAACAGCAAUCCAAAAUUUGCUAGAUUGGCUAGUUCUCUUAGGAAACCCCCCCCUCCCAGACAACUCUCAGUGGCUGAAUUCCAUAAACACGUCAUUCCAUCAAUUUUUUGAAAUCUAUCUUAAUGCAACUACUGGAAAGAAUGUCGUGUUACCAAAAGAAGAGAUGAUAGAUUUCCCGUAUAACCUCAAACCAUUAUCACCGUUCAGUACAUACUUGAAGAGAUUACUUCUAUUCAUUGGAUAUUGGCAAAAGGUUCUACUGGCAGAUCAAAGUGUUGUUGACAUGUGCCAAGCUUUCCAGCAGCUAGAGAUGUCCUCAGAAGACAUGGAGGUGCUGCAGAAAGCCAAGAUGAUUGCUCUACGUGUGCUCAUCAUCUUUGCAGACAACCCUUCCUUGACCAAGGAUGUUCUGUGUGCCACUCUGAACUGCAAGCUAUGUGAGACAAGGCAUCUUGUUUUAGCUGUCAUACAAGGAGUCACUGUUGUGUACACACACUACCAGGAAAUUGAAAAGAGAUGGUCGGCAUCCAGUCAACUAAAUUGUGAAAGUCUUAUCAGGAAUCUUUCUCAGACCUUAGAACACUUCACAAGCAACUUGGAUCACAUCACCAACCAAGACUGCAUGUGCCAACCCCCACUGGAAACUGUUGAGCAACAUGUGCGUGUGUUGGCCAAAAGCUUCAAGGAGAGUUGGUUGUCGGGCAAUGCCAUUAUCUCUUUUCUUAGCAAUUUCACUGUCACAGAGGAUGUGAAAAUAAAAGAUUUGAUGCGGAACAUCACCAGGUUAAUGGAAGAGCUUCAAUCUUCCAUCCACAUCUCCAAUGAAACCAUCCACACUAUCUUAGAGGCAAACAUUUCCCACUCACAGAUUCUCACCAGUGUCCUCACUGCAGCUUUUUCUGGAAAGUGUGACCAAAAAAUUCUUCAUCUCCUGCUGACAUUUCCUGAGGAUGAAAAGUCUUGGCUUGCUGUGAAGGAGCUCUGUGGCUUGCCUGGGUCUGUAGUAUAUACUCUGAUUGUGGCCAUGAGUCAGAACCUGAACCUGCGGACUUUUGUUUACAAAGCUCUGAUACCUCCUGAAGCAAAUGGCCUGCUCAAGUCCCUGUUGGAUGUCAUUUCCAGCCUCAACUCCCUGCUUGAUAGAGCCCAGCAUGUAUUCCAGUACCUUCCAGAAUUUCUUCACUCAUUGAAAAUCACUGCCUUGCUAGAUAUGCCAGACUUUCCACAGAUUUCACAGAAUGGCCAAGCUAGAAGUUCAGCCUUUGAUUCUUUCCAGUCCAUGAUGAAGCUGGUUUGUAAGGAUCAAACAUCUUUUCUGAGCAAUUCGAACAUGUUCAUUAACUUACCCAGAGUCAAUGCACUCUUGGAAGAUGACAAAGAAAAGUUCAACAUUCCUGAAGACUCAACACCAUUUUGCUUGAAGCUUUAUGAGGAAAUUCUACAGUUUCCGAAUGGUGCUUUGGUGUGGUCCUUCCUAAAACCUAUACUACAUGGAAAAAUAUUGUAUACACCAAACAUUCCAGAGAUUAAUAAGGUCAUUCAAAAGGCCAAUUAUACUUUUUAUUUUGUGGACAAGCUAAAAACUUUAUCAGAAACAGUGCUGAAGAUGUCCAGCUUUUUCCAGGGAAGUGGAAAUGGACAGAUGUUCAACCAGUUGCAAGAUGCCCUGAGAAACAAAUUUAUAAGACACUUUGUAGAAAGCCAGUUACACAUCGAUGUGGACAAACUCACAGAAACUCUGCAGACUUAUGGUGGAAUGCUAGAUAAGAUGUUUAACCAUGCAGGGGCUGGACACUUCCAGUUCUUGGGCGGUAUCUUGGUCAAUCUCUCAUCCUGCGUGGUAUUGGACCGUUUCCAGCCUAUGGAGUCUGUUGAUGCUCUGGAGACUAAAGUCCAUGAACUCACGCAGCAGAACAACUUCCUGGCCAGUGUUAUCUUCAACAGUUCCUUAGCACACAGGCACAUCCGAUCAGCAUCUCUCAAAUUGCCACCCCAUGUCACAUACACAAUUCGGACCAGCGUUUUAUACAGCAUGAGGACAGAUUUGAUUAAAAACCCUUUUUGGAAGUUUCAUCCUCAGAAUCUCCCAGCAGAUGGAUUUAAAUAUAACUACAUCUUUGUCCCACUGCAAGACAUGAUUGAAAGGGCAAUCAUUAUGGUGCAGACUGGGCAGGAAGCCCUGGAGCCGACUACGCAGACACAGGCAGCCCCCUAUCCUUGCCACACCAGUGACCUAUUCCUGAACAAUGUUGGCUUCUUUUUUCCACUGAUAAUGAUGCUGACUUGGAUAGUGUCUGUGGCCAGCAUGGUCCGGAAACUAGUUUAUGAGCGGGAGAUCCAGAUAGAAGAGUAUAUGCGGAUAAUGGGAGUGCAUCCAACCAUCUAUUUCCUGGCUUGGUUUCUGGAGAACAUGGUUGUGCUGACCCUGAGCAGCAUUGCUCUGGCCAUCAUUCUGAAAAUAAGUGGUAUCUUCAUGCACAGUGAUGCCUUUAUUAUUAUCCUCUUCUUCCUGGAUUUUGGAGUGUCAGUUGUCAUGAUGAGUUACUUCUUGAGUGCGUUUUUCAGCCAAGCUAAUACCGCAGCCCUAUGUACCAGCCUGGUGUAUAUGAUCAGUUUUCUACCCUACAUUGUCUUGUUGGUCCUACAUAACCAAUUAAGUUUUGCCAUUCAGACACUACUGUGCCUCCUCUCAACAACUGCUUUUGGGCAAGGAGUAUUUUUCAUUACAUUCCUAGAAGGACAAGAGACGGGCAGCUCCCCUGGAGAAGUAAAGCUCAGUACAAACACAGGGUCCUUGCUCAAAUUAGUGUACCCAAUUACACUUGGUGACGUAAUUGGGGUCUUUUCGAGUGCUUUUAGAUUACAUAGAAAAGUCAUAAUUAAUUUUAAUUCUGUUUUAUUUGUAUCUCAUUCAUUAGGAACUUUUGGUUUACAGAAACCCUGGUAUUUCCCCUUUACGGCAUCCUAUUGGAAGAAUAUAUGUGGUUUGAUGGAGAAACGGCAGCAUUCUCAAAGUUCUAGUUUGUUCUUCUCCAAUGAAAACUUUGGCAACAAAGGGGCAACACACCAAAACAAGGCCGGAGAAGUUGAAGGAGUCCUUCCUGGAGUUAGUCUGGUUUCUGUGAACAAGGAAUAUGAAGGCCACAGGUUGGCUGUUCAAGACCUCACCCUUACCUUCCACAGAGGCCAGAUCACUGCCUUGUUGGGAACCAAUGGUGCUGGGAAAACCACCAUCAUAUCUAUGUUGACAGGCCUCUACCCCCCCACUUCCGGAACUAUCUUGGUCAAUGGCAAGAACCUGCAGACAGACCUGUCCCAAAUAAGAAUGGAGCUGGGGGUAUGUCCUCAGCGGGACGUUCUUCUGGACAACCUCACUGUCAGAGAACACCUGCUGCUCUUUGCUUCCAUAAAGGCACCUUGGUGGACCUCCAAGGAACUACAGCAGCAAGUCAAUAAAACUCUUGACAAAGUGGGGUUAACUAAACAUCAACACAAACCUAUCUGGGCCCUAUCUGGAGGCAUGAAGAGGAAGCUAUCCAUUGGCAUUGCCUUCAUGGGCACAUCGGAGACCGUGAUUCUGGAUGAGCCCACUAGUGGGGUGGAUCCUUGCUCCCGUCGCAGCAUCUGGGACAUUCUGCUCAAGUACCGGGAGGGUCGUACGAUCAUCUUCACGACCCAUCAUCUGGAUGAAGCUGAGAUGCUCAGUGACCGUGUGGCCAUCCUCCAGCAAGGGAGGCUCAGGUGUUGUGGGCCUCCUCUCUGCUUGAAGGAGGCUUACAGCCAGGGUCUCAGUCUGAUGCUCAUAAAACAACCCUCUUUUCUAGAGGCUCACGAUGCCAAGGAUGUAGCUCGCAUUACAUCCCUGAUACAGGUCUAUGUUCCACAAGCAGUUCUCAAAGACAGCAGUGGUGGGGAACUGACUUAUACCAUCCCUGAGGCUGCAGACAAGACCUGCUUCAAGGGGCUCUUCCAGGCUCUGGAUCAGAACUUACAGCAAUUACGCCUGACAGGGUAUGGGAUCUCAGACACCACCUUGGAAGAGGUGUUUUUGAAGCUUUUGCAAGAUUCCAACAAGAAAUCUCCCAUUGCUCUGGGGACCAUGUUAGAACCUCAAAAUCAGAGGCCUACUGGACCUCUAGUUGGCUACUGUGACUCUCCUGCAUGGAAUCCACCAGAGAAGACCUUAUCUGUGCCCAUGCAGGGCCACCAGCUGCUUCUGGCACAGGUGACUGCCCUCCUGAGGAAGAGGUUAUGCCACACUCUGCGGGCCUGGAAAAGCACCAUCUCCAACCUGCUGCUGCCUGUUCUCUUUGUGGCCUUGGCCAUGAGCAUGUUUAUGGUACAGCCUUUGGCCACCACCUACCCUCCCCUCAAACUGACACCUGGCCAUUAUGAAAGUGCAGAAACCUAUUUUUUCAGUAGUGGAAAAGACAACAUGGACCUCACCCACGUGCUAUUGCAGAAGUUUGAAGAUCGUGAUCCUCUCUGUGGUGAUUUAGAUGCAGCUCUAAAGAAUUCUUCCCGCUGGCAUAGAGAUCCCUAUUCUAGACCUGCAUUCCAGGACUCCUGUGGCUGCCCGAAGUGUCCAAAUCGAAGUGCUCCUUACCUGACCAACUGCCUGGGCCACACACUGCUCAAUCUCUCAGGCUUCGAUGUAGAGGAGUACUUGCUGCAGCCAUCGGAGAAACCCAGGCUUGGAGGUUGGUCUUUUGGAGUGGGGGUCCUUAAUGAAGUUCAAGACUCAAGUACAAAUACAUUAAAACCAAGAACUCUGGCAAAGGUGUGGUAUAAUCAGAAGGGUUUCCACUCCUUACCUUCCUACUUAAAUCAUGUAAACAACCUUAUUCUGUGGCGACAUUUACCUCCUGCUGUGGACUGGAGACAAUACGGCAUAACACUCUAUAGCCACCCAUAUGGAGGGACCUUGCUGAAUGAAGACAAGAUCCUGGAGAGCAUCCGUCAGUGUGGAGUUGCCCUCUGCAUUGUGCUGGGAUUCUCUAUCUUGUCUGCUUCAUUUGGCAGUUCUGUGGUGAGGGACAGGGUGACCGGAGCCAAAAGGUUGCAGCACAUAAGUGGACUUGGUUACAGGACAUACUGGUUCACCAACUUCUUCUAUGACAUGCUCUUUUACUUGGUUUCUGUCUCCCUGUGUGUUGCCAUUAUUGCUGCCUUCCAGUUAACAGCUUUUACUUUCCGUGAGAACUUGGUGGCCACGGCCCUCCUGCUGAUACUUUUCGGAUAUGCCAUGCUUCCAUGGAUGUAUCUGAUGUCCAGGAUAUUUUCAAGUCCAGAUGUGGCUUUUAUCUCCUACAUCUCUUUGAAUUUCAUCUUUGGUCUGUGCACCAUGGUGAUGACCACCAUGCCCAGGCUCCUGGCCAUCAUCUCCAAAGCUCAGAAUUUACAGAACAUCUACAAUGUGCUCAAGUGGGUAUUCACUAUUUUCCCUCAAUUUUGCCUGGGACAAGGACUGAUAGAACUCUGCUACAAUCAGAUCAAAUAUGACCUGACCCACAAUUUUGGCAUCGAUUCCUAUGUGAGUCCCUUUGAGAUGAGCUUCCUGGGCUGGAUCUAUGUAGUACUGGCCUUGCAGGGAACACUUCUUCUCAUCCUGAGGCUUCUGCUGCAUUGGGACCUGCUGUGGCGGCCAAGGGGUCACACUGUCCUCAAACAUACCAUGAAGUUUUCAAAGGAUAGAGAUGUGGAAAAAGAGCAAACGAGAGUGUUUGAAGGAAGGACCAGUGGGGACAUCCUUGUAUUAUAUAACCUUAAUAAAAGUUACAGAAGCCUUUUCAAAAAGACCACUGCUGUGGAAGAUGUUACUGUGGGAAUACCCAAAGGAGAGUGUUUUGGGCUCCUCGGGGUGAAUGGAGCUGGGAAGAGUACUAUGUUCAAAAUGUUGAAUGGUGAAAUUCAUCCGAGCUCAGGACGUGCUGUCAUCCGGACACCCCUGGGAGAUGAUGUUGAUCUGUCUUCUGCGGGAGAGGUGGGUGUCCUCAUUGGCUACUGUCCACAGCAAGAUGCUUUGGAUGACUUCUUGACCGGUUGGGAACAUCUCCAUUACUACUGCAGUUUACGCGGGAUUCCAAAGCAGUGCAGCCUGGAGGUGGCUGCAGACCUCGUGAGGCGCUUACACCUCGAAGCUCAUGCAGACAAACUCGUAGCCACCUAUAGUGGAGGAACCAAGCGGAAGCUGUCCACAGCCCUGGCCCUGGUUGGGAAACCUGACAUUCUUUUAUUGGAUGAGCCUAGCUCUGGCAUGGAUCCCUGCUCUAAACGGUACUUGUGGCAAACAAUUAUGAAGGAGGUUCAUGAAGGCUGUGCUGCAGUGCUGACCUCUCACAGCAUGGAAGAGUGUGAAGCCCUUUGCACCAGGCUGGCCAUAAUGGUUGAUGGCAAAUUUAAGUGUCUUGGCUCCCCUCAACACAUUAAAAACAGGUUUGGUGAUGGUUACACAGUCAAAAUUUGGCUCUCAAAGGAAGCAGAUCAACCUGAUACUAUUUCUGACCAUUUAAAGCUCCAUUUUCCAGGAAUCCAAUUUAAGGGACAGUGUCAUAAUUUAUUGGAAUACCACGUUCCCAAAACAUGGGAGUGUUUAGCUGACUUAUUCAAAGUUCUAGAGAACAAUAAGACUCUCCUGAACAUCAAGCAUUAUUCCAUUAAUCAGACCACAUUGGAACAGGUGUUUAUUAACUUUGCUGGUGAGCAGCAGCCAACUUUGCAAUCUACUCCUGAUCUGUAUGCUAACAGCCAACACCUGUCUCACCUGCCUGUGUAAACCACUGAUGAAGCCUACCUUGUCUUCCACUGCAAUUGAUAUUCAAGAAUCAAACAUUAUCUCCAGUGCUCAGGAUCUUGACGGCAGGAAAAUUAUAUUUUCUCCUUCAUUGUCUAUUUUGAAACUGUUUAACAAACAGCCAACGGAAAGGUCAUUCUUUCUCACAUACCUUUGGGAGUUCCUCCAAUACAUUUACUCUGUUUGUUAACCCAGGUAGUAUUAGCUUUUUGGGAGGAAAACAUGAAGAGUCCAAUUAGAGAAGUUCUGGAAUGAGGUAGGCCAUCCAUAGUUUGUCAUGUCAAGGAUUUAAGACACUACUUUUUUUUU